AAAUAUAUUCCUUUAUCCAUUUUCUACAAAAAAUAUCCAAAUCACAUGACUAUAAUGAUUUGCCUCUGGGAAAUUUAAGCAGUGCAGUAACACUGAAAGAAGGAACAAACACCAUAUGUAAUUAUUCGGUUGAAAGUUAUUUUCAGAAUGUUAUUGAAAACGAGUCUGAUUUAUGCAUUCACGUCGUGUUGGUGUUAAAUAGUCGUCGUCUGGUUGUUGUGUAAAAGUGUAAAAGAACUUAGUUCAGUGGUCAUCGGUAACUUCGAUUCGUUCUUUUUGUGCUAUUUGUGUUAUAUCAUGCAACAGCGUCCAUAUUAAAAACAGAAAAUACUUCAGAGGUUAAAAAGAUACGUUUUAGUUGAGUUAUUUUUUACCACGGCAGCUUACUCACCGUAACCAUGCAUAGUGUUUAUGGCCGUUUAUUGUCGCGUUCAAUAGUCAAUGGAUUGUAUAACUGUUCCUCAUCAAGCAGCUCUAGUGGAACCUCCCGUACGGCAGUUGCAAAUACUACAAAUGAAAAUGUGUCCCCCAAGUCCAGACCAAAAUUGGUUUCUGCUGUUGCUGGUUUCCCAAAAAGUUUCAAAUCUGGCAAAGUCCGAAAAAGCCAAAUAGGUGAUGAUGCUUGGCUUGUAAAAAAUGUAGACAGUGCAGAUGUUUUAGCUGUUGCAGAUGGUGUUGGAGGAUGGAGAGAUUAUGGAGUUGAUCCAAGUGAUUUCUCAUUGUCAUUGUUGAGGUCAAUUGAAAGAAUAACCUCAAUCAGCAACCCUUGUAAUUUUCGAAAUCCUGUUGAUCUCUUGUCUGCUGCCUUUCAUGAAUUAUUGCAUUCUAAACGGCCAAUUACAGGAAGCAGCACUGCAUGUAUUCUAAUUUUGGAGCAUGAAUCAAAUAAUUUAUUUACAGUAAAUAUUGGAGAUUCUGGAUUUUUGGUGGUUAGAAAAGGCCAGGUGGUUCAUAAAUCUGAAGAACAGCAACAUUAUUUCAAUACUCCCUUUCAGUUGGCCUUACCUCCUCCAGGACAUCAUGGCUCUGCCUUGAGUGAUAGUCCACAGUCUGCUAGCCAAAGUCAAUUUGCUGUGCAAGAUGGUGAUGUUAUUCUACUGGCGACUGAUGGGGUCUUUGACAAUGUUCCACAACCAGUACUUGUAGCCGAACUUAGCAAGCUUGGUGGAGUAAGAGAUCAGUUGUGUGUUCAACAAACGGCGAACAGUAUUGCGUUGAUGGCGAGAAAUUUGUCCUUCGACGGGAGAUACAUGUCGCCGUUUGCCCAGAGAGCUCGAGAUUAUGGAAUUCGAGCUGUUGGUGGAAAACCUGAUGAUAUAACGGUCCUUCUAGCAACGGUCGCAAUUUGAAAUAAAUAAAGCUGCGUUUACAGUUCUGUAGUCUGAAGUGUUAGUGUGGAUUAGUUUGUAUGUCGCUAUGUCCGUAAACAUUCAGAAGUGAAACCAGUCGUGAUUUCAGAGUGAUUUUAGAAUUAGAGAUUGAAUGCUCACUGGUCUGUAAAUAAGUAGUUUCAAACACGUUAGAGAAUUGCUAUCGAAAUCGGAAGCGAAUACCGAAUGUAAUACAAAACGCAAUUAAAACUGUG